UCGUGUCUAUAAAUUUUUCUAUGAAACUAGUUAAAUCGCGAAUAGUAGUUUCCGUGAGAAUUCGAAUUUAUCAUGUAAUAAAAUUCGUUGAUUUCGACUUGAAAAAAUAUUAGUUUACAAGUAAAAAUGUAGCAUGUGAAUUUGACAUAAAUAAAAUAGUAACUUUUGUAUCCUAAAACAUAGUUAAAAAAAAUCAGUGCAUACAUUUGGUAACCGUGCAUAAACGGGAGUUAGCAGCUGGAAGUUACAACGAUGUCGUCUGUUGUAGAGAAAAUACGGCAUUGUCAGCGAAAUAUUAAGAAAUAUUCUGAUAAAGAAGAAAAAAUGCUGCAUUAUAUACAAAGACUGUAUAAUUUACCAGUAACAGUACAACAUCUUCAAGAUACAGGAGUAGGGCGUACUGUUAAUGGGUUAAGAAAAUAUGAAGGCGGCGUUGGGGAUGCUUCCAGAGCUUUGGUGGCCAAAUGGAAAGCUAUGGUUGCAGACGAGGAAACAAGUGAAGGGGAAGACGAUGAAGCCUGUGUUCCUGAUGCUCCUGAGAGUUACGAUAGGCCGGAAUCUCCAAUAUUACAGAAAAAACAAGAAGCAGAUAGUACGGCGAAAAUAUCAAGACACGAACAAAAAUCAGAGAAAAAUGAAAUAUCAGAGCACAGUUCGAAACAUUCUAGUAAGCACGAUAUAAAAAUUAAAUCUGAAAAUGAAUCUAACGUAAAUAAGGAUUCAUCGAAAAAUUUGAAACAUGAAUCACAGAAAGAAAAACAUAAUAAAAAUCAUUCUAGACACGAGUCAAGGGAUAAACGAUCUUAUUCCAAUGAUGCAAAAAGCAGCAGUAGUUCUUCUAUGCAUGUAAAAAAAUCUAUUGAUAAAUCUUCUUCUCAUAGUAAUAAAUUAGAUAGUACUACAGACAAACAAGACGAAUAUAUCAAAAAAAGAAAAUUGGAUAAUUCUAAUAGUGGAAAGAAGAAAUGUAAAAAACCAAAACUUUCUGAAAAUGAAAGUGAUGAUGAUAGAACUAGUUCUUAUAAUACAGAUAAACAAAAUGUCAACGAUUUUCAAACGGAAUUAAAUAAGAAAACACAUGUUACAGUAAAACAGCAAGAUGUAAACAAAGUUGAAUCCAAAAGAGAAAAGAGUAAAUCUCGUGAAAAAGUUAAAUCAAGUUCUUCUAGUAAGGAGGAAAAAGUAUACGAUGAUAAAAAUAAAAAGAAAUCAGAGGAAAGUAAAGAAAAACAAAAAACGGACAGUCAUCGUUCUAGUAAAAGUUCUAAAUCAAAAAGUCACCAUAGUUCUAGUAGUAAAGAUCAUGCUAAGGAUAAGGACAAAGAUAAAGAUAAAGAUAAAGAUAAAGAUAAAGAUAAGGAUACGGAUAAGGAUAAGGAUAAGGAUAAGGAUAAGGAUAAAGAUAAAGACAAAGACAAAGAAAAAAGCAAAAGAAAAGAAAACGAAGAAAGAAGACAUAAGCAUCAAAGUAAAAGUAGCUCUGAAUCGAAAGAAAGCAAAUCUGAUUCAAAAGAAAGUAAAUCUGGUUCAAAAGAAUCAAAAGAAAAAGUCAAAAUCAAACAAGAAAUCAAUGGAGACGAAGGAAUAGAUUGUAAUUCCGGUGCAAGUUUUGCAGAAGCUCUUGGAAUGUGUACAGUUGCACCAGGGUUAAAGAAGCGUCAUAAUAAUUCUCCUAAUUUAAAUUCUUCAAGAUGUUCCAAGUUAGAAACAAAUGUAUCGUCUACUCUUAAUAACAAAAAGCAAACGCCUGUGAAAACCGAAGCUACAAGCAGCGAUAGUUUACAUCCUUUGCCUCUUUUAGCACCAAAUGUAAAGUUAGAGCCAUUAAGUGUGAAUCUGGCAUCUACAUUACCUGAAAUAAGUCCUAAUUAUAAACCACUGUCAUACAUUAAUCCUGUACAUCGUAAAGAGGAAGAUAAGACUCUUACUGACGUAAUUCAUGUUAAAAAUCAAAGGACCAAAGUAUACUCGGGGAAUAAAACUGGUUAUACAAGUGUACCUUCUCUUUAUGAAAUUUGCAUAAGAGUGUUGAUAGAGAAUAUUGAUGCGCUUGAAUUUACUGGUGGUGUUCCUUAUGACAUAAUAAAGCCAGUUUUAGAACGAGCUACGGCAGAUCAAUUAUAUAUGUUAGAACAUUAUAAUCCUUACCUAAUUGAAGAUACGGAUUCUUUAUGGCAAUUUCAUUGUAAUCGAGAAUUCAGAAAUAAACAAAGACAGGAAAUGGAAACAUGGCGUGAGAUGUACAUGCGUUGUUUGGAUGAAAGAGAAGAAAAAUUGAAAACCUUAACUGCCAAUAUAAAACAAUCUAUAGAUAAGACUGUACCAUUACGAUCAGCUAAGCUUGCAUAUGUUGAUAAUGUUGUUAAACCUCCUAGGAAUGUUUUAAAAAAGCAAGCUAAGUAUGGAACUAAUUCGAUUCCUACAUCUACAUCUGAUUUGAAAAAAAAAUUGAUUGUUGGCGGUGGACCUACCGCAGCAACUAAUAUAUCUGUACCACCACCUCCAAUGAAUCGAGUUAAACCAUCGUCGAGCAUGGUAAAGAAGACAAAAGCACCUCUUAUGGCAAAAGCUCUACAAUUAAUAAAAGGGCGUUACAAACGGUAGUUUGUAUGAACAUUUGUAGGUAUAUUUUAACUAUAAUGUAUAGAUAAUGUUUCCACUAUAAUAUAUUUUUAAAAUUACGUUGUGAUAUGAGUAAUAUUCUUGUAUUUUGAAAGAAAAAUUAUGUUGCAAGAUUAUUUAACAUUUAUAUUUUGGUAAUAUUGAUUUUUAACUUACACAUAUAUAAAUAUGAAUAUCAUUAUAGAAAUAUUUAAUGCAUUUAAAAGUAAUAAUCCAAAAGGAAGAGAAAAUUGUUAGGUUUAUAAUCUGAACUAUGAAAUUAUUAAUUUACUUCGGUUUAAAUAGUAAAAUAUUAAUUUAACUAAUUUUAAUAACGUG